AACUCUCUGUUUUCAUUGCAGGACUCUGGCCAAGACAUCACCAACCGCGUGUUCCAGGGCUGCGGCAGACCCACUCUGAGACGAGCCAAGCGUUCCGUUCACCCCAAGCUCCAGGCAGUCCAGGAACUCCAUGUGGAGAGCCCCGCCGAGGCGGACACCCUGGACAUAGACGCCACAUUGGAUGAGGCGAUUGUGCUGCGAGAGCGGAGAGCUGCAGAGCCAGGCUCCCAGGAAAGCUCCGUCUCACAGCAGUCCCAGGAGCAGGGCGUGGGCAAGAAUGGUGGAAACAAUGGUGGAGCUGGAGGCGGAGGAGGAGGAGGAGGUGGCAGCGGUGGUGGUGGUGGUGGCGGUGGCGGUGCAGGUGGCGGUGGCAACAACCGUCGCCAACAGCAGCGUCGGAAGCAACAACAGCAGCAGCGACGCAAGCAGCAGAACAACCGCAACGACAACGACGACGAUGAGAACGAGAGCGGAGGCGGCGGACGCGAACCGAUACUGGACAGGAUCGUGCGGGACAUUCGGCAGCGGGUGAAGGAAUACAAGAAGUUCUGGUCGAAUCUGCCGCACUCCAUAUGCAGCAAUGAGGACAUAGCUGCCAGCUCCGAUGUGGAUGUUUUGUGCUGGAAUGGACACACCAUCGAUAGAUACAUGCACUCGAUCACAACGGAGCACGGCUCCAACCCGGAGUUCAGUGGCAACCCGGCCAACACCCGGCAAACGGCUCAGAUGUCCUCGCAGCUGUUCCACCUGAAGAACGCCGUCAGCCACCUGCGCAAUGCCUACAACGGUCAGGACGUGGAGUGGAGUGAACAGGAAGAGCCGUAUUUGGGCAGUGGAGCUGGUUCGGGUUCCGGUUCAGAGGACGACGAGGACGAUGACGAGGGCUCCGGCCUGGGUCCUUUCGAGCCGAGCCACAAACCCGAUGUGGACCGACCCUCGGUGGAUGCCGACAACGAUGACGACGAGGAUGGCCAUCCUCAGAUUCCCACACACACAUCCCGGCCGAAUGUGGACGAGAAGAACCCCUUGGUCCACCCUACGCACUUCGACCAUAACGAUCUCGACGAUGAUCAGCAUGGUGAGGGCGACGACGACGACGAAGAGUUGGAGGGACGCCAUGGCGACGGCGAUUCGAAUGCCGAUGGCGACGCCACUCGCUCGUCCAGUGCACCGGAGAAGAUGACGCUACGUCGCGCUCUGGUUGUCUAUUUGCUGCCUCUCUAUAUGGCGUGGUUCGGUGGCGUCUGCGCCGAUUUGCUGUGAUUAAUCAAUGUGCGACCUCGCAACCUGGAGCUCCCGCCUCCCGCCCCCACACCACACCUCUCAGUCAUUCAUCCGUGAAACAAAAAACAAAAGAAAACGUUAUUAGGAGAACUACAACUUUAUAUACGAAAUGCGAGUCCAAAAUUUUAUAAAAACUUUUGAUGGAAGCAAUCAAAAUGCAAUCAAUCGGGAUAGGAUUAGGUGUAGGCGUAAGCGUGCCAGCUUAGGAGGAUAAGAAUUUAGAGGAGGAGCGAGAGAAUACGUAACGAUCCCCCAAUAUAGUUCACUAAGAGCCCCACUACCCCUGCCCCUACCCCAGCCUAGUUCUAAGUGCGAAAUUCUAUUUUCUAAGUGAGAGAGUGAGAGAGCGAGAGAGCGCGUGAACGUGUUGAAUGAAUGCAAGUGAAUGAAUGUGAGUACGAGUGCGAGUGCGAGUGAGUGCCUGUUCAAUGUGAUCGUUUAGCAAAAAUUAACUAUAAACUGUGUAGCCCCUAGAGACCUAAGCGAUAAACACACACACCUACAAUUAUAAUUUGUAUUAUAUUUAUGCAUAUAGAGAACAGCACAGCACAGCACUGCACACACCUCUGUCUGUCUCAGAGCGAAAUCAAUUAACCCGAAAAUGGAAAGCAAUAACUAAUGUCAACCGUAACACUGACCCCUAACCUGAGUUAAUCCUUAGUCGACUUAUCGUAUGGCCAUAGAAAAGGGUCCGUCCCCUCAUUUGUAUCUUUCAUAGACACCCCUUAACAAAAUAUAUGUAUCCUUAUAUAAAUGUAUUUAUAUGGGUUGUUUGCGUGUGUGUUGCCUAGACUUUUGCCAGAAAACAAACGCAUUUUAACUAAACACACUUCGUAAGCCUAAAUAUUUAUUCUAAUUUUUUGAUUUUGAAUAUUAAAAAGAAGAGAAACCACAAAAAUACAAAAAGUAACAUGGAAAA